AACCAUUUUCCGUUUCCGUUUUAUUUUCACGAUUAUUUAAUAUUUCAAUUCCACUGAAAACUGACUAGAGUUUUUCUCUCUCUAUUUUCAAGCCCAGGAUGAUUCAUGUGUUCUUUCUCUAGAUGUUGCAAUUGUCUCUAUAAUUAGCUUCUAUUGGGUUAUAAUCGAAUUGGGUUUAUUGUAGUUUCUGUGGUAGUUGAGAUGGGAUUGAAAUUGUGGUAGGCAAUUUAGUGGGAUGUACAGCAAAAAUGGAUGAUGGGUUUUUGCUUGAAACCAAGGAGCAUAUCAUUAGGCGAGGGAAUUUUGAUUUUUGCUUCUUGCUGUUUGGUAUAUGAUAUCAUUCAACUUGGACUUUUAGGAAUAAUGCUGUGAACUUUUUUCUCUAUAUGGGGUUCUACUUUUGCCCUUGACAUGUGUAGUUGUAAUUUGAGUCUUGGCCACAUUUAUUGUAUGGGGAAUUCCUUUUUGUAUUGCUUCUUGGAAGAUCAUGAUGUAUUCUGGUUUUUAUGCUUUGGGUGGGUGGAAGAAAAUUUGUUCAUUUUUCAAUAAUUACUUUUAGUAGUACCAUGAAAAUUACUAAAUCUUUGGACCCAGUGUAGGCAUAGUGUAGCUUUUUAUAUCUUCAGGGUUUAAUUGUCUUGAAGUGUUGAAUUGACAACUCUUAUUGUAUGAUGUUUAUGCCUAUGGUCGACAUAUUUCUUGGGUACUUAGUCUGGUUCAGUGAAUUUAAAUGAAUAUUUCAUGAUAUAGCCACAGCCCAUGAAAAUAGUGUUGAAGAACUUUAGAGUUGCAUUUUUCUAACAUCUAUCCAUCCAAAAUUAAUAUCUUCUUUUGUUUACUGAUGUCCUGUUGCUUUGUCUGGAACAUCAGCCUCUUUUAGUAAUUUCACAGAGGAAUCAUAGUGAUGUACUUAAGAAGCGCAAAAAUCAGAGAGUCAUUCUGCAAAAUUCUCAACAUUUUGCAAUUCAAAGAAAAAUUUAGGUGUUGGAAAGUGGAGACACAGAUGUUUUGAGUAUGGGUCCUUUGCAUCUUGAAUUAGUUCAAUGCUACACUGGAUGUUUAUUGAUUAGUUUUUACUGUUUUCCUAACCUAUUGGGCUUUUGUUGUUGGCUUAAUGGGGGGCUCAUCAUUUCUUGGUUAAAGUUGGUAACGAGCUCUUCUGUAAAGACAUCUAGAGUCUCUGCACCUUGUUAAUUGUUAUGAAGAAUGAAAUAGAAUCUCAAAUAUUUGGUUCCCCUUGUUUCUCAGAGACACCCAUCUCACAUUGAAUAGGUUAACUGUUCCCAAACCUCAUCAAAAUUCAAAAACAUUAGUUCCUUUCUUCCAGGCUAGGAGAUUAUGUCUUGACUCCUGAAAGACUGGAAAGCGUCUUUCUUUGAGGGCCAAGAAGUGGUUGGCCUACCAGCCUUUGGGGUCUAUUACAUGGGGUUUUAUUAAUCAACCUUAUAUUUAGAACCCAAGUUGAUGUAGACUAGGAUAUCAUCCUUAAGUCUUGCUCUGUGAUUAUGUGACACAUGAUAAUGCACUAGGGGUCUAUUUAACAUGCUUUGGCCAGCAUUGAUAACAAAAUUAUGUGACAUGUACAUCACAAAGUAGAAAGAAUUUGCUAUGUGGAUGGAAAUAUGUCUUCGCUUUGUUUGCCAUGUAGAUAGAAAUAUGUUUUCACUUUGUUUGCUAUGUUAGUUGCUAUGUGGGUUAGAAGAGGUACGUCCAAUGUAUGUUUCAUAGAAAUUCAUUGUUAGGACAAAAAACUAGAUGAGCUAAAGCUAGCUGGAAUCCUCACUGGAUAUCU